GUUGACAUGAGCAAGGGAAAUCGUCUCUUGACCAGGGAAAGCGUCAGCCCAUCACAUCGGUCCAUCCCAUCACCGAUCCAUCCAUCCAUCCACGCACAUACAUACACACAGAGACGGAUAGCAAAGGAGUCCGUCCCGUUCCCGCCCCAGUCUAUCGACACCAUCACCAGCAAUGGUAUGCCGUCCCCCAUCUAUCCAUCCAUCCAUCUCACAAGCCCAGCAGCGUGUGCGCCUCCUGCUGCCCGAGUGCGUUGCGCACCAGCUGCACCGUCAUGGGGAACUCGCUCUCCGGGUCGUCCUGCGGCCCCGCCCGGCGCUUCUCGGUCGUGUAGACGGUGGCCGUCAUGUGCACGUUCCACUCGAUCUCGACCAGGGCCAUGAAUGUGUCGCCCGCGCGGUGGCCGCACAGCGCGAUGGUGCGCUUGCGGACGGCACCGGUGUACGUGUCACACAGCAGCCGACGAGUGGGGCCCCAGACGGGCUGGUCGGGAGCCUGCCGACAGACAGACAGACACAGAAACAUGUGUGUGUUUGUGUGUGUGUCGUGUGUGUGCGUGUGUGUACCUGGUUGAUGAGUGCGUGGCAGCGGAGGAAGGCCACGGGAUUGGCCGGCAAGUGCACCGCACUCACCACCGUCUCGGCCUUGGCCUUCUGCUGAAAACUGCAUCAACAAACCCACACACACACACGCAUCCAUCCAGCUGGGUGGCCGCUGUGUGUGGACUGGUGGUCUGUGUGUGCGGCGUGCGUCAAGGUGCCGUCCACCGACCCACCGGUGCACAACGACAUCCAUGAGACCGCGAUGGUCAGUGUUCAACGCUGAUCACACAGACAGACAGACAGACAGACACACAUGAGCCGCCUCUACCUCCGCUGAUCCCCACCACCUCUCUCUUGAACUUACCGCCGACGCGGGGGUCGUUGCCAUCGUAUCCUGCAGCGAAGGGGUGGUUGGUGUGCAGGUCUCCCGGGCCAUAGACCGUCAGCACGCUGCUGCCCAGCUUGUCCCGCGGCUGGCCGCCCACCAAGAUGCGCUUCAACGACAACUCGCGAGUGCAGCCCUCCAGAAAGAGACUAUGCAUAGGACACAUACCAAGGACACCACAUGAACAGAGAGUCAAAGGCACAGUGUGCAGCUGGCUGGGGUGAUGGGUACGCUUGCGCCUACCUGAAGAGUGACCAGGCUCGCAGGCGGUGCGGGCGGCUGUCGAACACGCCCUUGUCCAGCUCUAUGCUGACCUUGUCCUCAGACACCUGCGGCGGCCGGUGGGGGUGAGAACACAAAGGAAUGCACCCCGACGACCGCAUCAAUGACUGCCCUUGGGGUGCCUGCCCACCUGGAUGGGCAGCUUGACACGUUUGAACGACUCGGCGUAGCGCAUCACAGGCACCUGCACACACACACAGCGCACCGAGGAGCAAUCCACCAUCAGUGUGCCCCUCCACGUCGCCCGUGUGUGUGUGUGCCUACCCAGAUGUCCAGUGGGCCGCAGUUCUCUACCACGUAGUUGAGGUGAUAGAGUUUCUUCUUGCGCUCAACGGCGUACUCCUCAGUCUUCGUCGCGCAAGUGAAGCGCCGCGCACUGUACUGCAGGAGGCAGCCGAGGUUGUAGGUGUCGAUGUAAUCCUUGAAGCGGUCGAUGAGCGUCUGAUUCGUCACCAACUCCCCAAACUCCCUGGACACCUGCAGGGCAGACAGACGACAGCCACACGCAUGCAGUGAGUGCAGCCACUGCGCCCUCCGCUCCCUCCCUGUCAGUCAUCGCGUCGCAUGCAGUGCCUUACCUGCGUCAUUAUGCCGAGUUCCACAACGCCGAGCAUUUGGUGCAAUGGCGCAGCCACCUCCUCAACUGGAUGCUUCUCAGCCAUGAUGCCGACAACCGAAUGAGCGUCGGAGACAACAAUACGAUAACAGCAACUCUUAUAACUUGCCAAGUUUUGAUG